AUGUGUCAACCAGGACUAUUUAUCCAACCAGAAUGGUACCAUUCUAGAGAAGCUACAGAACUUAUUACCUCGUAUUUAUUAAAGAGAGAUGGAGUCACUCGGAAAACUUUUGGAAUACUAGAGAAACCAAGUUUUCCAUCCACUAUAGAAGAAAUAAGUUAUAAAUUAUUUAUAGUAGGUAAAUCCAGUGUUGGUAAAACUAGUACAGUUUGUAAACUAACAGGCUAUCCUAUACCUACAUUACAUAGUGAAACACCAGGAGUUCAAGUAUCAACAGUAUAUUGGCCUGCUAGAAUUACUGGUUUAAAUAGAAUUAUCAUGUUUAAAUUACAAUUAUGGGAUGCAGGAGAAAAUUCUCUUAAAAAAUUCGAUCAUAUUUUAAACGCUUGUACAGAGAAAACAGAUGGAAUAUUAUUUGUAUUUUCUAUUGUUGAUAAAGGUAGUUUUGAUGAAAUACCUCAGUUUCUAACUAAACUUACUAAUCCUGGUGAUAAUCUCUGUAAAAUUGUCCUGGGAACAAAAUUUGAUCUACAUGCAGAGAGUGAAGUCACACAGAGAAAUAUCAAAGACUUUGAAUCAACAUGGCAUAUCCCAGUGUUACGGAUCAAAAAUGUGCUUAACUACAAUCAAUCAGAUCCCCAAAGUGAUUUGUACGAACUUACACCAAUAUUAACCACUAUUUGUGAACAAUUAUGGCAUAGGGAUAUCAUUUCUGCUCAAAAUCGAAACAGAAAUCAGGAAAAAGCCUUCUUCUGA